AUGGUUUUCAGUUACUCUUCUAAACUACUGUCUCCAGAGUAUAUUAACUCCGCUUCAACCAUAGAGAAUAAGAAUCACCAAAAAUGUCAUAAGACAGAUGUCGGCAUUAAUAAACGUAGGUCAUCAAGCAGGGAAUUACCGCUAUCUAAAUCAAAAACAGUUAGGAAAUUCCUUGCAGUGGAGCCGGUUACUGACCAUUCAUUGGAUGUAGGUGGUUGUCAAGAUUUUAUGGAUUUCAAAACAGUGCCUGACUGGGGUAUUGAGAUAUAUGAUGAUCAGUCGCGCGUGGAGGUUUGGGAGGACUUCGAGCCCUUGGAUCCUGAUGAGAGUGAAUUGUUGCAAUUCUCUAAUAUCCAAGUUGAAAUGGAUACUCAGUCUGAGUUAAAUUUGUUGAUUAAAAAGGUAUUUGAACAACCUCAGUCGGAUGGAAGGGACCAAUUCUUUGAGGAGUUUCAGUAUACCAUAGCGACGUCUAAGGUUCUAAAUAUAAAUGGUGGAGAUUACCAGGGGAUACUUUCAACGACUUUUACGAAAUCUAUUUUGAAUUUUCAUAAGCAAUCUUCUAGCUUAUUACUCAACAGUCCUUCAGUCCCAACAAAAUUUGGGAAACUGUUGACAAGUAAGAAGAAGUUUUAUUUACAGAGGACGAUUCCAUUUUUGCCUCUAUUAUUGUUUUGCACCCACUGUUUUAGGAAGAUACUUUGCGUUCGGUCCAAAAACCGUAAGAACAUAGUUAUUGUAUUGUUAUUAGCUGUCCAUUUAUCUUUACAGCAAGAGUUAUUUCAUUCCAGAUAUGUGAAAUAUUCAACAUUGGUGAAUCUAAAAACGAUGUUAGAUCUUUUGAUAAAAUUAGACAAGUUAUCUCAUAGAUUUCAUAUGAGGUUUAAGGAAUUGACUAUUUAUAAACCAAUAUCGUUGGCUCGUGGAAGUCUUGAAUCAACGAUUACCAAUAGCAACACGUCUUUGAUUAAGGACAUUUUAUCAUCUACCGCUGACUUAUUAUACUAUAAGUUAAAAUUGGCAAUAUCCGAUAUUUUGCCUUUGGUUGACACUGAAGAUUUGGUUCACUAUUGUGAACUUUAUAAUAUCAAUAUAGCGACAUUAUAUGGGUUUCUACAUUGUGCGCCUGAUACAACGACUUCUGAGAAGAUUAGUCGUCAACAUUUGUUGGAAAAGUUUACCCUAUGCUGUCUUCUGUCUAUACCGAAAUUUGAUAGGCGAGUAGUAACAUUAUCUCCUGUAAUAUUGAAACUUUUCCCGGAUUGCGAUUCACAGUAUCUUCGAGAAACUGAAAAAUUUCUGAUUGUCUCAAAGUCAUUAAGUCGCGUUAACGAAUGUCUAAAAGAUAUCCUUGCAACUAUUUCAAGCUAUAAGUCUCAUCUCUAUACCAUUGAAGUGUCAAUGGGACAGCCUGCACCUUCACCAAAAAUUCCAUCGAUAUUUGAGGGGGAUAGUGUAGAAAGGAUCACUAUUACUUUGAAUGAGUUAAAUGAACUUCAAACCAGACUGCUACAUGGGGAAAACGACGAUGAGAAAUUGCAUGAAUAUGUUCAAGGAAAACUUUAUGACUUGCACAAUUACUGGGUAAAUUCAGUAGUUCAAAAGAAAGGUCAACAACAAUAUGUGUCAUCUUCAACUCGUGAUCAACGCAAACAUACUUUAAGAUGCACGAGUACCGGGUUUAUGUUAAAUGUUGUAAAGGCUGCCGCGAGUACUAAAAGCUUAGAUUUAAGUUCUUCAAGUUUUGUCCCAAGCACCUUUAUGGAUACAGCGGACUUGGAACUGGAGAAUGAUUUUUUAGAUUCCAGCACUUACAGUGAACCUGACGAGCGUAUUUAUGUCACUGCCGGCGAAGAAUUUGAGCCUCCUGACUACUUCAAGGAUAAAUUUAAAAAACUUACAGAUGAACAGUUGAAAGAACAUCUAGAUAAAAGGAUCCAAAAUUUGGCUCUUGAAAAUCAGAGAUCUAAGGAGCAGUUAAUAAGACAUAAAAGUUUUGAACUCCUAAGCUUCAAAAUGAACAGUUUUACGAAUGGAUUAGAGAGCCGGUCUUUUUGUCCGAGUGAAGAAAGUAUUCCUGUACUAUAUGAAUUGAAACAACUAAUGGAUACUGAUACAUAA